AUGGGUCUUAUAAAAAGAAAGAACAAUGAUCUGGACGAUGUGGACUCGAUCUCAGACUAUGAAAAAGAACCAGAAGAAAAGGUGAAGAGCAGACGCCCAGGUGACAACGCUUUUAGACAACAAAGACUUAAGGCCUACAACCCUAUAAUAACAACAAAGACGGUGAUACCUUUGUUCUUACUCUUUGCGGUAGUGUUUGUUCCUUUGGGUGCCGCAAUGCUUUACGGGUCAAAUCAAGUUCAAGACUUGGUUAUUGAUUAUGAACAAUGUGAGAACAUGGCCAAUGCUGAUUACUUCACGGAAAUUCCAGAGGAAUACUUUGAGUACAACUUCAAGACCCCUAUUACUGAAAAACCGCAAUGGAAAUUGGUUACCAAUGCAUCCGAGAGCGAUCCGGUCGAAAAUAAAAUAUGUCAAGUACAAUUCCCGGUGCCAAAUGAUAUUGACGGGCCAGUGUACUUUUUCUAUCAACUUGAAAAUUUCUAUGCCAACCAUAGAAGAUACGUUAUUUCUUAUUGUGAAUUACAACUUAAUGGUGAACCCUCUUCCGUUCAUGUCGUCAAGGAUACUAUUGGCCAAAAUUGUCAACCAAUGUCCACGGAUCCUGCUUCCGGCUUAAUCUAUUACCCAUGUGGUUUAAUUGCCAAUGCCAUGUUCAACGACACUUUCACUUAUCCUGCUGCUAUCAAUGGCACCUCAGACGAUUACGUAAUGACUCAAAAGGGAAUUGCGUGGAGUACGGACAAGAAUAGACUAAAGAAAACUCAAUAUAACGCGUCACAAAUUGUCCCACCUCCAAACUGGGUUAAGAAAUUCCCAGACGGCUACAACGACGACAACAUCCCUGAUAUUUCCACGUGGGAAGAAUUCCAGAACUGGAUGCAUCCAGCUGGUUUAUCCAAGUUUUCGAUCUUAUAUUUCAGAAAUGACGAUGACCAAUUGAAAGCAGGUUCUUAUCAAGUUAACAUUGGUUUGCAUUGGCCUGUAUUACCAUUCAACGGUAAAAAAGCAUUUUAUAUCAGUACACGGUCAGUUCUUGGGGGUAAAAACUCUUUUUUGGGUAUUGCCUGGAUUGUUGGUGGUGGUCUCUGCUUCGUUUUAGGGUUGGUAUUCUUGGUCAUUCAUUUGAUUUCUCCUAGAAAAAUGGGUGACACUUCAUUGUUAAGCUGGAAUAAAGAAAAACAACAUGCUGAAUGA